UGAACUGCCCAUCUCCCUCUCCCAGUCCUCCCGUCUCUCUCCCUUCCCAGUUCUCUCUCAUUCCCUCCCUCCACCACCUCUCUUGCAUCCUCAUUUUCUGUCCCGCCCUCGCACCUCUCCCUCCUUUCCCUGCCCCCCCCCCCUCCCCUCGGAUGCCUCUGCGGGGAGGGGCAUCUCCAGGUAUCUCCACUUCCUGGUGAGGGUGCGGGACGGAGCGGAGGCCCGAUGUCUUACCGGGACCUGAUCGGGGACUGGGACCGGGCCGUGCGGGCCAUCGACCGGCGGGACUGGCUCUCUGCCCGCGACUGUCUGAGCAGCGUCGCCGAACCCAACUCCAGGAUCUACUUCAACCUCGGCUGCGUCCGGCUGCACCUGGGAGACCUGCCCGGGGCCCUGAAGGCUUUUGACCUAACCAUAGCUAAAGAUGAGCGGCUGGCAGUCUGUUUCUUCCAGAGAGGCAUCGUUCAUCUGCGACUGAACAUGUUUGAUGAGGCAGAGGGAGAUUUUAGACACGCUCUGACCAAUUUACGAGGUCAUUCAGUGAUUGACUAUACCCAGCUUGGACUCAGACACAGACUGUACUCCUGGGAGGUUCUGUACAACAUGGCUGCAGUUUACUCCAGACUCGGUCAGUGGGCAAAGGCCCAGCAAGCACUGACAGAAGCAGUGUGUCUGAAAGUUCCGGGCAGCAAUGCCAAGCUGGACAGUGCACUAUCCAAGGUGAAGUGCAGAAACACUUUUGAACUGGUUGAUGUGCCUGAGGGAAUCGUGUUCAGACCGAGCAAACACGAGGUGGACGAACUGAAACUCAAGGACUUCCUGGGAACAUCCAAAGUGAUCUCCUCCAUUGUCCCAAAUGACAGCUUUGCUGGAUUUGGACCUCUUCGCCCAAUGGGUCUUGCCUCUGCUGAAACAAGUACCGCUCCCCAGACAUUUCCUAGCACACCAGCAGAAACUGCAGCACAAAUGACUCCUGCAUCAGCAGCUGCACUCAGGAAGGUCUCGCCAAACCCUGACUCGGUGAUAAUGAAGGUUCACUACGAGUAUACAGUGGCAACGAGAGUGGAACCUGGCACAUCCUAUACCGAUCUUCUAAACAUCAUCAAAUCCAAACUAGGCCACCAGUCAGGACGGAUGCAAUUAAGUUACAAAGACGAGGAGAAACAAGAGCUGGCACCCAUCAGAGGAGAGGCAGACCUUGAAAAGAUGUGGAAUCAGAUUGUUGAAAGACAUAUUACUGUCUGGUGCAAGUCUGCAGACCCUUUGGCUGGCCGCCAGGUGCUCUAUAAAACCCUGGCCCUUUACAACUACAGUGGACAAGGUCCUGAGGAUAUGGAGUUUAAUGAGGGCGAUGUCAUUGAUGUGUUAUCUGAAGUGAAUGAAGAGUGGCUGGAGGGACAUUCCAAUGGGAAUAUCGGCAUUUUCCCUAGGUGUUUUGUAGGACCACAGAAGCUGGAAACCACUGACUCCAAGAAACCAUCUUGUUCUGAAGUUACCAACUGCACACAAACAGGGGCUUCUAGGAAGGUGUAUUUUGUAGAGGGGUGCCGUGAGUGAUAGACAGAUACUAUGAACAAAACACUUGGGAACCCUAUGAGGUGGGAGAGGGAGGUCUAACCGGUUACUGGCGGAGGUGGUGGGUUCUACUCUGUUUCGGAAGGGAUGUAUGUUUGACCUCAGGGAGGAGAUGAGGCUGGCCUAUAUGAAACACAAUCUCCAGUGGAGGGAGGGGAAAUCCUAGGUCUCUGGGUGAAGUUGGGAUUUGAUCGAUCUCUGGAGGACUGAAGGCCUCUGAUCUAAGAGUGGUGGUGGGGUGGGGCGGGGUGUGGAGGUUGGUUUAUUUGUCCUCUGGGAGAGCAGAGCUUGAUCAUUCUCUGUGGAGGAGAGGAAUCCUUGGGUUGAGCUGGGGAAUUGCUUUUGGGGUCAGUGGAGGUUUGGUUGGUCUGUGGGAAGGGUCCGUUCAGUCUCUUAGGGAGAGUGGGGUAGGGUUGCUGAACAAUCCCAGGGAUAUCAUUCUCCUUCCCCGAGAAACAAUAUGGGUGUCAUAGAGGGCAUGCAGCAACGAUCCACUAGACUGGUUUCAGGGGUAUUGGGGUUGCUUAUUAGGAAAUAUUGUAUUCUCUAGAGUUUAGAAGAAUAGGAGAUCUCAUUGAAACUUUAAAAACUGAUUAAAGGGUUUGAUAGUCCAGAAGCAGAAAGGAUAUUUCUCCUGUCAGAGGAGUCUAGGACAAGGGGCCCAGUUUGUGAAUAAAGGUUAGGUUUAGAAUUGAGAUGAGGAGAACUUCUUUCACUCAGAGGUGGUGAACCUUUGAAAUUCUGUAUCCCAUUCAAAACAUGGAUAGAUUUCCGGGCAUUAAGGUAAGCAAGGGAUAUGGGAAUAAAGUAGGAAACUGACACUGAGGUGGAAGAUCAGCAUGGUCUUGAUGAAUAGUGGAGUAGGCACGAAGGGCUGGAUCACCUAUUUUUUUAAAUGUUCUUAUGCAUUGCAAGGGGAAGGAAGAUCUCUUUGGGAGAUGGAGUUCUCAAAUAUUUCUGCUAUUAAAGAGUUUGGGUCUUCAUGCUUUCCCUCUCAAAUUUGGAUUAUACUUGUUAAAACAUUUUUCAUUGAGUGAAAUGUUUGUGUUCCAUUGAUAUAUUUUUUAAAUCAAUAACUUACAAUCCUUUAACUACUUGUUAGACAAUGAAAAUAAAUCUUAGGAUGAA